AACGGUGAACCAAUCCAUAUAGUCUUUAACGCCCUUGCUCUCGCGAUCACUUCCGCCGCUAGGGUCAGGCUCCGCCCAGCUUGCCCGGCAUCACUCGCGCCGGUGGAGUCAAGAUGGAGGAGUAUGCGAGAGAGCCUUGCCCUUGGCGAAUUGUGGAUGAUUGUGGUGGGGCCUUUACGAUGGGUACCAUAGGUGGUGGUAUCUUUCAAGCAAUCAAAGGUUUUCGCAAUUCUCCAGUGGGAGUAAACCACAGACUACGAGGGAGUUUGACAGCUAUUAAAACCAGGGCUCCACAGUUGGGAGGUAGUUUUGCAGUUUGGGGUGGUUUAUUUUCCAUGAUUGACUGCAGUAUGGUUCAAGUCAGAGGAAAAGAAGAUCCCUGGAACUCCAUCACAAGUGGUGCCUUAACAGGAGCCAUACUGGCAGCAAGAAAUGGACCAGUGGCCAUGGUUGGGUCAGCCGCGAUGGGUGGCAUUCUCCUAGCUUUAAUUGAAGGAGCUGGUAUCUUAUUGACAAGAUUUGCCUCUGCACAAUUUCCCAAUGGUCCUCAGUUUGCUGAAGACCCCUCUCAGUUGCCUUCAGCCCAGUUAUCAUCCUCACCUUUUGGAGACUAUCGACAAUAUCAAUAGGACUUCUUUCCCAGGAUUUCUUUACCAGAAUGAGCUGUAGUUCAAGAAGGAAUUUCAGAAGAUAAGUUACGGUCUGCUUUUAAAACCAUAGGUGGGACAGCUAUGGCCAAAUAGGCUUUGAAGAGACACUUAGCUCUUUUUUCUAUUUAAAGGAACAUGGGGGGGGGGGGGCAGAUGUGAAAAGAUAAUACAUUUAUUUAUUCACACUUGGAUUGCAUUUGUGAUAAAAAUAAAUGUCUAAUAUCUUUAAAAGAAAAUAUAACAAAUGCUUAGAAGAUGAAGGACCAAAGGGCAAACAACAAUGAAGCAUGACCAUCAUUUCCUUGGGGACCUCUCUGCCUGGUUUUGUGUGUUUUGUCAGUCAAACAAUAAAAAAACUGCUGGAACUUG